AUGGCUUCUUACAGGCCAUUCCCACCACCGCCUCAGUCAACUUUUGCACCACCUCCAAAUCAAAACCCUCUGCAACCUGCACAACCGCCGCUACCAUCGCGAGGAACUCAGUAUUCGCAGCAAAAUUGGGGUUACAACGCCAGUGAUGGGUCUUCGUAUUCACAGAAUUAUACUCAGAUGCAUCCGAAUCCGAGUUAUCAACAUGUAAAUUACGGAUCAUCGUAUGGUGCUCCUCAGAGAAAUCCACUUCCUCCACAACCACCACCACCACCACCACCUCAUGCUCAACAACAACAGUUUUCGUAUCCACCACCACCUCCUCCGGAGUCUUCAUACCCACCUCCACCACCUCAUUCGAUGCCCCCAAAUGCCAUGAACACACCGCCACCGCCACCGCCUCCGCCUCCCAUGUACUACCCAUCUUCCCAGUUUUCCCAAUUCAAUCACCAGCCUUUGCAGCCGUUGCAACCACCACCUCCUCCUUCAUCUCCUCCCCCAAGUUCUUCAAUCCCUCCACCUCCGCCGCCUUCACACCCGCCAUCGCCACCGCCUCCACCUUCUUCCAUCCCUGCAGCAAACCGAAGCAAGGAAAGUAGGGCAGCUGGUGAGACAGGGGAAUCCAAGGAUAGAAUGGGUUCUGGUUGGCGCGAACCAGGCCGCUCUAACCAAGGGGUUCCCUCUCAUAAGGAGCAUAAGUCUUCUGUUCCUCCGGUUCCAGUAAAGAAACCAAAUGGGACUUCUGGAAGGAUUGAGACUGAGGAAGAGAGGAGGUUGCGAAAGAAGAGAGAAUUAGAGAAGCAAAGGCAAGAGGAGAAACACAGGCACCAAUUGAAGGACUCCCAGAACAAAGUGCUGCAAAAGACCCAAAUGUUGUCUUCCGGAAUGAAGGGGCACGGGUCGAUUAUUGGAUCACACAUGGGUGAGAGGAGGACUGCUCCAUUGCUGAGUGGUGAGAGGAUCGAAAACCGUUUGAAGAAGCCUACAACAUUCCUUUGCAAGUUGAAAUUUCGGAAUGAACUACCAGAUCCAACAGCACAGCCAAAGCUUUUGUCUUUAAGGAGAGACAAAGAUCGAUUCACAAAGUAUGCAAUAACAUCAUUGGAGAAAGUCCACAAGCCUCAAUUAUAUGUCGAGCCAGAUCUUGGGAUACCACUUGACCUACUUGAUCUCAGCGUAUACAAUCCUCCUAAGGGUGAAAAGUUAACCCUUCAUCCAGAAGACGAAGACUUGUUGCGUGAUGAUGAUGUUGUAACCCCAAUUAAAAAAGAUGGCUUAAAAAGAAAGGACAGGCCCACUGAUAAAGGUGUUUCUUGGCUGGUCAAAACACAGUAUAUUUCUCCUCUUAGCAUGGAAGCAACAAGACAGUCUCUGACAGAAAAACAAGCAAAAGAAUUGCGUGAAACACGGGGAGGCCACAACAUAUUGGAGAACAUCAACAGUAGGGAAAGGACAAUCCAAAACAUCGAGGCUUCAUUUGAGGCAUGCAAGUCACGACCUAUUCAUGCAACCAAUAGUAAAUUACAACCUGUUGAGAUUCUGCCACUAUUACCUGAUUUUGAUCGGUACAAUGAGCUGUUUGUCGUUGCAACCUUUGAUAGUGCUCCUACAGCUGAUUCAGAAACCUACAGCAAGUUGGAAAAAUCUGUUCGUGAUGCCCACGAAUCUCAGGCCAUUAUGAAAAGUUUUGUAGCAACCGGCUCAGACUCAGGAAAACCAGAUAAAUUUUUGGCGUAUAUGGUUCCUUCACUUGAUGAGGACCAGAUAUCAAAGGAUAUGUACGAUGAAAGUGAAGAUGUCUCGUUUUCAUGGGUUCGGGAGUACCACUGGGAUGUACGGGGUGAUGUUGCAGAUGAUCCCACAACAUACUUCGUGGCAUUUGGAGAAUCAGCUGCCCACUACGCGCCUCUUCCAACAAAGCUCGUUUUGAGGAAAAAGAGAGCCAAAGAAGGAAAAUCCAGUGAAGAAAUUGAACAUUUUCCUGUACCUUCAAGGGUGACUGUAAGGCGGAGAUCAGUUGUGUCUGCAGUAGAAUUGAAGGAAUCAGGGGAUUACUCUGGUGCCAAGGGGACUACUUUAAAUUCGAAGAGACAAAGGACGGACGUGGAUGUUGGCCUUGGCCAAUUACGGAAGGUUGUGCAAGAGACCGACAUGGGUCAAUCUAGUGGAGCUGAAUAUGACUUGUCUGAUUGAUCGCUGAAGAUGUGGAGGCUUUCAGAAGAGGCGUAUUAUACAUUGGACACUCAAAAGUCGAACAAUCGAGGCACUGAGAGAUUUGAAGAUGAUGCAAAUAUUGAACAUAUAGGACAGAAGGAAAAAAGUUCUUUUUUUUCUUUUUUCGGGGGACAACGUUGGGGUGAGAAAAAGGAUGGACCUAUACAAAUUCUGUUUUUUCUAGUUUAUUUGAGAAUUUAUGUCUUGUAUUUAGAUUACCAAAAAAAUAAAAUAUGGGGAGG